AAACCAGAGAAGUUGCUCAGUUUAACUUUUCAUAUGCUGCCCUGCAGAAGCUAUUCCGUGGUCGCAUUCUUCUUCUUCUUCUUCUUCUUCGCACUGUGGAAGGGUUUGGGAGAUUCUUCCCUGAAGCUAUUCUUUCUCCUCCUUCGUCGUCUUCGUCUUCGUCUUCUUCUUCUUCUUCUCCUUCUCCCUGCGGAAGGGUUUAGGAGAUUCUUCCCCGAAGCUGAAGUUCCUGUGGAGCUCUGAGAGACGGUGGGCCAACAGCGAGAGAGGGAAUUGAUCGAAGGUAUGGAGGACCCGAACAGCAUAGCAGGUAAUGUGGCUCGCGCCCUACUCGCAGCCCUGGACUGGCGCUCUACUCCUGGUGAUCGUAAAGCUGCUGUUUCUUUCAUCGAAUCGAUUAAGGCUGGAGAUGUGCGUGUUUUAGUAAGUGCAUCCUUCACCCUGGUGAAAAAGAACUCGGCUUCCGAGAUUAGAUUGCAAGCGUUUAAAUUGCUUCAGCAUUUGGUUAGGCUGCGGUGGGAAGAACUGAAUCCCGAAGAACGUAGAAACUUCGCGAAUGCUGCAGUAGAAUUGAUGUCUGAAAGUGCAAAUCCCUGCGAAGAGUGGGCCAUAAAGAGUCAGACAGCUGCACUCGUUGCGGAGAUAGUUCGAAGAGAAGGACUAAAUUUAUGGCAAGAGUUACUUCCAGCUCUAGUUUCACUAUCCAACAAUGGACCGAUACAAGCUGAGUUGGUGGCCAUGAUGUUGAGGUGGCUUCCUGAAGAUAUUACUGUUCACAAUGAGGAUUUAGAAGGGGACAGGCGCAGGUUAUUAUUGCGGGGACUCACGCAAUCAUUGCCUGAUGUUCUGCCAUUAUUGUACACAUUGCUGGAAAGGCAUUUUGGUGUUGCAAUGAGUGAAGCUGGGAGGCAACAGUUUGGAAUUGCAAAGCAGCAUGCAGCUGCAGUAACUGCUAUAUUAAAUGCAGUCACUGCAUAUGCUGAGUGGGCUCCCUUGUCGGACCUCGCCAAAUAUGGCAUAAUUCACGGGUGUGGUGUCUUACUAUCUUCUCCUGAUUUCCACCUUCAUGCAUGUGAAUUUUUCAAGCUUGUCUCCCCAAGAAAGAGACCUCCUGAUGACUCUGCUUCUGAAUUUGAUGCUGCAAUGGGCAAUGUCUUUCAGAUAUUGAUGAAUGUCUCUAGGGAAUUCUUGUACAGAUCUGCCUCAAGUCCUGAGGUUAUUAAGGAAAGUGAAUAUGAGUGCGCAGAAUAUAUAUGUGAGAGUAUGGUGUCUUUGGGCUCUUCAAACUUGCAAUGUAUUGCUGGAGAUAGCACCACUCUUUCUCUAUAUUUGCAACAGAUGGUGGGAUAUUAUCAGCAUUACAAGCUUGCCCUUCAUUAUCAAUCCUUGCUCUUUUGGUUGGCACUAAUGAGAGACUUAUUGUCAAAGCCUAAGAUUCACGGGCAUUCAUCAGGAGGAGAAAGCUCAACUGCAAGUAGUGUCAGUUCUGGCGCUGAUCAGGUUGAUUCUGAAAAGAAGAGGCUUCUAAGUUUUAUACAUGAUGACAUAUGUACUGCGAUUCUCGAGAUGUCUUUCCUGCGUUUGGUGAAGAAGGAAAAAGUCCUUCCUGAGACAGCAGCUUCUCUGAGAGCACUGGAAUUGUGGAGUGAUGAUUUUGAGGGAAAAGGUGAUUUUGGGCAAUAUCGCUCAAGGCUGCUGGAGCUUAUUAGGUUUGUUGCUGCUCACAAGCCACUGAUAGCUGCUGGUAUAGUAUCUGAAAGGAUUAUUUCCAUCAUCAAUACUCCCUCGCUUUCUUCAGUGCCUACUCAGGAUUUAGCUGUGACUGAAAGCAUGCAUUCGGCACUUGAAAAUGUCGUAAAUUCAGUUUUUAGUGGAAUGGAUGAAUUGCCUGGUGGAAGUGCUGAAGUUCAACUGGCAUUGUGCUCAAUAUUUGAAGGUUUGCUCCAGCAACUUCUUGCUUUGAAAUGGACUGAGCCAACCCUUGUGGAAGUGCUUGGGCACUAUCUGGAUGCACUGGGUCCUUUCCUGAAAUAUUCUCCAAAUGCAGUUGGCAGUGUGAUCAAUAAAUUGUUCGAGCUUUUAACCUCUCUUCCAUUUGCUGUGAAGGACCCUGCAACAAGCACUGCUCGGCAUGCAAGAUUACAAAUUUGUACUUCAUUUAUCCGUAUUGCAAAAGCUGCUGAUAAAAGCAUUCUACCUCACAUGAAGGGGAUUGCUGACACGAUGGGCUAUCUGCAAAGGGAAGGUCGCCUUCUGCGUGCAGAACACAAUAUUCUUGGCGAAGCAUUUCUAGUGAUGGCCUCUGUGGCUGGGGUCCAACAGCAACAAGAAGUUUUGGCCUGGUUAUUGGAACCAUUGAGUCAACAGUGGGUCCAAGUAGACUGGCAGAAUAAUUAUUUGUCUGAACCUUCUGGUCUGGUUCGACUCUGCAUGGAGACACCGGUCAUGUGGUCGGUUUUCCACACAGUGACUUUCUUUGAGAAGGCACUUAAGAGAAGCGGGUUCAGAAAAGUUCAUUCCCAAAGUGGCCCCACUGGAAGUCCUGCUACUUUGCACCCAAUGGCCUCUCAUUUAUCAUGGAUGCUGCCACCUCUCUUCAAAUUACUCAGGGUAAUACAUUCUUUUUGGUCUCCCUCUGUUAUCCAAGUACUACCAGCAGAGAUAAAGGCAGCUAUGAUUAUAAGUGACACAGAACGGACUAGUCUACUUGGAGAAGGGGCCUCCAAAUCAUCAAAGACUGCGUUGACUUUUGUAGAUGGAUCUCAAGUUGACUUGAGUAAGGAAGGACGUACAGAGCCCAACGAAAUUGAUAUAAGGAACUGGCUCAAAGGUGUGAGGGACAGCGGGUAUAAUGUUCUGGGCCUAGCAACUACUAUCGGAGAAUCAUUCUAUAAAUGUCUAGAUGCUCAUUAUGUUGCAGUUGCCCUAAUGGAGAAUAUACAAUCAAUGGAGUUCAGGCACAUGAGGCAGCUAAUACAUUCAGUCAUUAUUCCUGUUGUCAAAUUUUGUCCGCCGGACUUGUGGGAAAUUUGGCUUGAGAAGCUUUUGCACCCUUUAUUUGUUCACUCUCAACAGGCUCUCAGCAUUUCUUGGGCUAGUCUUCUACACGAAGGCAGAUCAAAAGUUCCAGACUACUUGUCUGUGUCAGUGGGAGAGUUAAAAGUCGAAGUAAUGGAAGAAAAGCUACUUCGGGAUCUAACUCGUGAGAUAUGUUCUCUCCUCUCCGUCAUAGCUUCUCCAGCACUAAACACAGGGCUUCCAUCUCUAGAACAAUCUGGGCAUGCCAAUCGCGUGGAUUCGUCUUCUCUGAAAGAAUUGGAGGCGUUUUCUCAAAGCUCAAUGGUUAGUUUCCUCAUGAAGCACAAACAUGUGGUUCUCCCGGUGUUGCAAAUGUGUCUUGAAGUUUUCACAUGGACAGAUGGUGAAGCCACAAGUAAAGUUUGUUCUUUCUGCUCCACGGUUUUCCUCCUGGCUAUAUCAACAAACAAUGUGGAGCUUCGAGAAUUCGUUUCUAAAGAUCUGUUCUCUGCAAUCAUCCGUGGCUUGUCUCUCGAGUCAAAUGCUAUAAUCAGUGCUGAUCUUGUCAACCUAUGUCGCGAAAUAUUUGUAUAUCUCUGUGAUAGAGAUCCGGCUCCUCGACAGGUUCUACUCUCUCUUCCUUGCAUUAAACCCCAAGAUUUAGCUGCUUUUGAGGAAGCGUUGACGAAGACCUUGAGCCCGAAGGAACAGAAGCAGCAUAUGAAGAGUCUGCUGGUACUAGCAACAGGCAAUAAGUUGAAAGCUCUGGCGGCUCAGAAGAGUGUCAACAUAAUUACCAACGUGUCAAUGAGGCCUCGCAGCAAUGUAAAUGCCCCCGAACCGAGGGUUGAAGAUGGGGAGCAUGUUGGGUUGGCUGCAAUCUUGUGAACAAACCCUUCACUGAAAAUUGUACAGGAAAGAGUUUAUGAUACACAUAUACUAGAGGCUACGGCGCAAUGGAGCAGUCCGUGGUGAGGAAAUUAAUUAAGGCAGCCUUCUUUGUUGUUAUAUCCUUUUCCGUUUCUUCUGCCCUAUGGCCUAUCCUAUGUAAUUUUGGACCUGAGGAGGCCAUGAAAUCCUUUUGAUCCCCAUUCACAGUUUUGGAGCUCAUCGAGUGAUGUAGGUUCGUCAUUGUCACAUGGCUGCUCACUUUAUGCUUUUCGAUAAUCAAAUUUAGUUACCCUUGAUGUAGCGGGCUUAUCUAUCUAGUGUGUUUUACUGAUGCUGAUUCAUGUUCGAGUUGGUGAAGUGAAGUUAUGAUGUUGACAGA